ACAGCCGCUGAUUGUCGUAAACUAUACUUCAAACUGAAGGAUAAAGUAUUUGUUGGUCUAAUCCGUCCGUACGAAUCGGAACCGUUGGAGAAGUUCUUGCAAAACGCGUUGGGAGAGGACACCCGCAUGGGUGACAUCAAAGCGCCCCGUAUUAUGGUCACAGCCACAGUGGCCGACAGAUUCCCACCCGAUCUGCAACUGUUCCGUAACUACGAAUCACCCAACGAAGUGUUGGGUUUCGUGAACCGAGUGGAACCGGUCGCUGAUAUGCCUAAACCACAGGAGCAGCUCAUUUGGAAGACCGCCCGUUCGUCGGGUGCGGCGCCAACUUAUUUCCGUCCGUGCGGUGCAUUCCUCGACGGAGGUCUUAUAUCUAAUAAUCCAACAUUAGAUACGUUAUCUGAAAUCCAUGCACUCAAUAAAGCCCUUAAAGUUGCCAAUAGAGAGAAUGAAGAAUUGCAUUUAGAUUUAGUGGUGUCGUUGGGAACGGGAGCCAUACCUAUAAAGACGGUGCAGGUCAUAGACAUCGCGCGACCCGACUCUUUCAUG